AUGGAUGAUGCAAAUAGCACACACGAACAUAAUGAGGAUACUGUGGAGAUAAAUGAUCCUUCAGAACCAAAUCAAAAGAAAGUUAAGUUAACCUCAACUGUGUGGCGUUACUUCAAGAAACUUGGUAGAGCUAAAGAUGGAAUUGAAAGGGCAGAAUGUAGAGGGUGUAAAGCACCAUUCAGGGUUGGUUCAACUCCCGGAUCCACAGGUAAGAGUUACGGUACAUCACAUCUGCAUCAUCAUAAAACUCAGUGUACAAUGCUUAAAGUUCAUGACUUGGGUCAAAUGUUCAUUAAUCAAGAAGGUAAAAUGCAAUCUAGAAAAAUAGAUCAAUGGACCCAGCGUGGAAUGCUUGCUGAAGCUAUCAUUAAGCAUAAUUUACCAUAUUCUUUUGUUGAGUAUGAUGGAAUUAAGUCUUCGGUGAAUUAUAUAAGUCCAGAUGUUGUGAUGCCUUCUAGGAACAGUUGUGUUGCAGAUGUCAAGAAAGCGUAUAUUAGAGAGAAGGAGAAAUUGAAACGAAUCUUAGCUAAAAUUCCUAAUAGGGUAAUCUUGACUUCUGAUUGUUGGACAUCAUCUAAUUCUGAAGGAUAUAUUUGUUUAACUGCUCAAUUCGUUGAUGCAAAUUGGAGGUUAGUUUGUACAAUUUUAAACUUUUGUCGUAUGUAUCCACCUCACACUGGAGUUGAAUUGGUUGAUACUAUAUACGACUGUUUGAAAGAGUGGGGCAUAGAUAAGAAGGUAUUUUCGAUCACUUUGGAUAAUGCCACUGCCAAUGACAGCUUGCAAAAUGUUUUAAAAGGGCAUCUUAGAUUGCAAAAGAGUUUGUUAUAUGAUGGUGAGUUCUUUCAUGUGCGUUGUUCUCCUCAUAUUUUGAAUUUGAUUGUUCAAGAGGGUUUAAAAGCAUCUAGUGAUUCCUUAUUUGCAAUUAGGGAAAGUGUUAAGUAUGUUAAAGGAUCUGAUGGGAGAAUGCUGAAGUUUGAGCAACGUGUAAAGGAAUUUGGAAUUGAAACAACUCUUGGUUUACGUCUGGAUGUAUCAACCAGAUGUAACUCGACAUAUUUGAUGCUUGAGAGUGCACUCCAGUAUGAAAAGGCUUUUGCUAGUCUACAUUUGGUUGACAGAAAUUAUGCUUAUUGUCCUACGUUUGAUCAAUGUAGAAGGGCGGAGAAAAUCUGUCAAUUCUUGGAGCCCUUUUAUGAGACAACUAACUUGAUCUCUGGUUCAAGCUACCCAACCUCUAACUUGUAUUUUAUACAGAUAGAAAACGUGAAAAGCAAAUUAUACAAGCUCUAUGGUCAUUAUGCAAACAAGCAAGAUGUUGCAAGUGCUUCUUCUAGUGUUCUCACUACCUCAAGUGAAGAUAGAAAUGAAGAUGAGGAUGUUACAGCUACAUUAUCAGAAGAGGAUUCAAAUGUUCUUGAAGAAGAUGAUAUAUUGGUGUUGGAUUCAUAA